GUGCUUCUUACCUCCUAUCCCAUACCAUGACUGCAAAAAUGUAUUAAGUUUGAGUUUUUUCUAAUGUGUAUGUGUCUGGGACCGAACGCUUCCGAAAUCAGAAGAUACUGUGUGGAAUAUCCCUCCUGCAACAUGUCUCUCUUUCGAUUGGACCACAGGUCAUCCAGAAGCCAAGAGUAUUGAAGAGGUACUUAAAUCUUCAAUGAGAAGCCCUCAGGUACACUGGGUCUGGAUGACUUCUAAGGGCAUAACGAGAUAAUGGUAUUGAAUCACUAAGAACGAAUAACAUUGGAACUUAUUGAUUGGAUUCAGGUGUGAACAUAGAUUUAUCAUAGAAACAUCAUAGCCAGAAGCUUCUGAAUAACUGCUAUCAAGAAUAGAAGGCAGCGCUAGCUAGUGAUAGGAAAAAUGACGUAAAAAGACACCGGAACAAAAUACGCGUGAUGAAGACCUUAAUAAUUCAGAGUCGAUUGAAUUGAGUUAGAAUGGCAUCAGGUCCCAUUUUCAGUGAAAUAUGAUAAUGGAUGCAUUACUGAGCACCGUGUUGAAACUUCUUUGGGCCUCCUACUAAGGUCCAGAUGUUUUUUACUAGCAAGGAGGACACGGCUUUCUUCUGGAAAACUCUUAUAAUGGCUCGGACAGAUGAUACCACUUUUGGAUAUGCUUACCCUUCAGGAGGAUGGCUGGCAAAGGUCAGGAAUGCCCUAUCUCAGUUUAGCGAUAUAUUCAGCGAGUUUGACAAAUACGUUGCUCCGGCAUAUCACCAUGACAGAUGCGAAAGGUCUGUCCAAAUGCGCCUCUACACUAUGCACAAAAGAGAGUUUGUUAUGGUUUUCGUCGCAUUCUUUGCAUGUUUUGGCCUCGGUAUCUUCGUAGGCGUCGCCGGGCCUCCCAUCACCAAAACAACAGUCGUAGACAAGUCUCUGCUUCUUCCAAAAACGAAUAGUUCGAAUGGGUAUAAAAGGGACAUCGCCUCAGGCCCUUUCACGAUGCGGACGCCAACUAUGACCACUUAUAGUCAACAACUGUGGGUCAUUACCAAGCUUUCUACAGAAAAUACCGAUGGUGAAAUUAUUGACAAGCAGUUUCAAGUGUCAGUAAGCAUAUCAGGUUUAACAGAAGACCAUAAGCCUGUAGCCAUAUUAGAUUCAAAAAACAACAAUAGGACAAGGCAUCUAAAAUGUGAGAAACAAGCUUGUGAUGAAAUCAUUGUACUCCAUUUAGGCUUUUUGGAUUAUACGCAUUAUAUUAUAACCGUGCAUUUUUAUGGGUUAGAAGCAUUUCAUCAGAGGUAUAACAUAAAGGAUCUCAAGUUCUAUUUCAAGACGUACAAUCCAGGAUUUACAGAGAUAGAAAUUUGGUUCCGCUUUAUAUUUUUAAUAAUGACGUUCUCAGUAAUGUGCUGGUUCCAACACUCUCUGAGGAAAUACCUGCUAUAUGAUUGGUCAAUAGAACAAAAAUGGAUGUCCAUAUUAUUGCCUCUUCUUAUGGCUUACAACAAUCCAGUAUUUCCAAUGUCGUUUCUCCUGAAUUCCUGGAUACCAGGGAUGAUCGAUGCUAUAGCGCAAGCAACAUUUUUAUGCGCGUUGCUACUAUUCUGGCUGUGCAUUUACCACGGCCUCAGACAGAACGAUCGCCAUUUUGUAACAUUUUACCUGCCAAAAUUAUUCAUAGUUGCAAUGCUUUGGAUACCUGCUAUCAUAUUGUCAACUUGGCAAAGGAUAAACGAAUUGCAGGACCCCACAUAUAACCAUACCGUUGACACUUCCAAUUUUUAUAUAAUCCAAGCGUUCUUCUAUAUUUUUGGAGUAAUAUAUCUGAUAUACUUGUUCGUUUUGAUACUAAAGGCGUAUACAGAGCUGCGAUCAAUGCCAUUUUUUGGUCUUCGCUUGAAGUUCUUAACAUUGCUGAUGCUGGUAGUGCUAAUCAUAAGCUGUGUCAUAACGGUCUUUAGGUUUGGAAUUGGAGUUUUGGAAGACAACUUUGUAGCACAGCUUUCUACUCAUUAUAGCAACUCUUCGGAGUUCAUGUCAUUUUAUGGACUGUUGAAUUUUUAUACCUAUACAAUGACCUACGUCUACUCACCUGGUAGCAAAAACAUCCAUGAGCUCGGUAUCACCAAAGAUAACCCUGCAUUUUCAAUGAUAAACGACUCCGACGAGGACGUGAUAUACGGAUCAGACGAAGAAAGUAGAAGGCCUUUGAACAGAACAAGAAACGACGACGACAGCGAUUGAAGAUUGAUAGAAUAAACGAUGUUGGUUUCAUAUCUAGUCGAUGUUGUUCGGUCAGAUCGAAGUUUCAGGAUGCUUGUAUCAAGUGUAAACAUUAUUAUAUCUUAGAGAUGUACGAAAUUCAUUAUGACUUUGUAAGUUACUUUACAGAAUAGCUAUGAACUUUCAAACUUGUAGCAAAUUUACUCCAAUGAGAUGACGUGUACAGAGUGUUCCGUACUUUAAUGGAAAUAGUGGACCAAUAAGUAGUAUGGACGGAGAUCUUUUGAAAUCUGAAAAUAAAAAGUUCUAAGUUCAGUGUCUACGCCUAAUAUUUAAUAUCACAUAUGCCCUUUUGAAUCAUUUUUUUCAUAUUUGAGACGAUAACAUAGUUACCUAGAAGUUUUAAGCUGAAAAUUGAAAUGUCUAUUAACGAAACAAUCCAAUGGGUGGUGCUAAUUAUUAAUUUUGAUUUUCCCUCUAAUCCAUGCAUUUUUCUUUAUAUGUGGAAUCAUAAUAAAUCUAAAGCGUAGCUUACAUGGCGUUGCACUUAAUAAAAUACAAGUAAGUUUUGAGCAUAAUCUUGUGGAACGUGGAUGAAGUCAAGCUAACAUCCAUUGAUAUUUUCAGUUUUGUGUCACAUAAGCCGCUAAAAAUAAGAUUAUUGAGUAAGUAAAAAUGUUUCACUGAAAAACACUAAUAAAUGUCAAAACAAUGUAUUUCGAUAAUGAAUUAGUACUAUUUAUUGCAUUUGCUUGUAUAUAUUCAAACAUUUCAACAUUCAGCUUAAGAGGUGUUCUUAAGAAACAAGAAAAUGACAAAAUUGAGCCCGGCCCUGGAUUUUUCAACCGUCCUUCUAGUUUUACCCUACUCCCAGCUUAUUUAGUUAUUGUACAAGCUUUCAACAAUUUCAAUAGUGCCUGAAAUAUAUAUUACAGCGGAGCAGAAGCCUGAUGUGAAGAGAUUAUACGUAAUAUUAUAUUAAUUUGGUGUGCUUAAAUAUUGUAAUCCCUAAAAACUGAAUACUACCUACAGUUCCAUUUAAGUACGGCACACCCUUGUAUGUUUUUACAGAGGUAAGUUAUUGGAUUAUGUUCAUUUGAUAUUGUGAUAUUAGUUUAAUAA